AAGGCCCCGAGCACACUAGCCACUCUGUGGCACCACAAGUGGCCGCGCAAAGUGGCGGGCCAGAGCACACUAGCCACUUUUUAGAGCCACAAGUUGCGACCACAUGUGGCGACCACAUGUGGUUAUGUUUUGAAUACCCGGCCACAUUUGGUCGCCACAUCGAUAUCACUACAUCUCAGUUUCAGCAUGGACUCUGAGGAAGAGGCACUGUCACUGCUUAUACUUCUGCGACGUCGCCGCCGCCGUCGUCGGAGAGCGCUAUGGAUGCACCCAAUUACUGCUUCGAGAUUGACCCACGGACAGUUUUACAUGAUAAUGAGUGACUUAAGAGCAGAUGAUGAUAAAUUUUUUGACUACUUUAGGAUGACCCAGGAAAGUUUCAACGAACUCUUGGCCAUAAUUGGCCCCCACAUUCGCAAAGACAGUAUACACCUAAGGAAGAGCAUUCCAGCUGAGGAGAGACUUGCCAUGACAUUAAGGUUCUUAGCAACAGGGUGUUCCUCUUCUGAACUACAUUACACUUUCCGGUGUGGGAAGUCCACCGCUAGAGGGAUCGUGCAAGAAGUGUGCAAGGCGAUAAGGGAGUAUCUACACGACCUAUGUUUCCCAGAAUUAACAAAGCAAGAAUGGCUGAAAAUUGAAGAAGGCUUUCGUUGUGAAGCACACUUUCCAAACUGCAUAGGCGCCAUCGAUGGCAAGCAUGUGAGGCUCAUUAAACCAACGGGCAGUGCUUCUAACUACUUUUGUUACAAGAAGUAUUUUUCAAUGGUGUUGUUAGCUGUAUGUGACGCAAACUACAGGUUUACUUUUAUAGAUGUCGGUUCUUAUGGUAAAGCAUCAGACUCCUCAAUCUACAAAAACAGUAACCUCUACAAAAAAAUGCAGCAAAAUACACUGAACAUUCCUAGCGAUAAACCAGUGUCAACGAAUGGGGACCCACUUCCCUUCGUUUUCGUUGGCGACGAAGCUUUUGGCCUCUCUACUCACAUGCUACGCCCGUAUGGGGGAAAAAAUCUCCAACACAAAAAUAAAAUUUUUAAUUAUCGCUUAUCAAGAGCGAGGCGAUACAUCGAAAGUGCAUUUGGCAUUCUCACAAAUAAAUGGCGCAUAUUUCAUAGACCACUGGAUUUACAUGUUGAGAAUGCCGAAAACAUUAUCAGAAGAGUGUGGGGUUUCGUCUUUUGA